AUGUCAUCUACUGACGGAUCCACCACUCCCAUCUUGAUAAACAAACCUCAUGGCAAAGAGGAAAUAAUCUCGAGCCUAGGGGCUGCUGAGAAGGCUGAACCUGAGACUGAGCCGACCACAUUCUCUUCCACCUUCCAAGAAGCUGUCUUCAUUCUCGUCAUUGGCCUGUCGCAACUAUUCUCCGUCGGCGGUCUAGGCAAUGUCGCCUACUCAAUAGAACAGAUCGGUACAUCUCUUGGCACAAACAAUAAUGGCCAGAUGUCAUGGUUUCAAGCCUCCUAUUCCCUCUGCGGUGGGGUCUUCGUCCUAGUUACCGGCCGCUUGGGUGAUCACUUUGGCCACAAAUACGUCUUCCUCUUUGGCUGGAUCUGGAUGGCUAUCUGGUCACUAGUCUGCGGCUUCUCCCACGAUGUCGUCCUUUUUGACAUCGCCCGCGGCAUGAUGGGAAUCGGCAAUGGCGCACUAGCCCCCAACUCCUUCGCGCUGCUGGCGCGUGCAUUCCCACCUCUCUCAGUCAAAAAGAACAUCGCCUUCGCCUUCUUAGGCUUUUGUGCUCCAUCGGGCUAUAUCUUCGGUGGUUUAAUUGGAGCCGCCUUUGGCCAGAAAGUCACCUGGCGGUGGGGAUUCUGGUUCUGGGCCAUCGGGUGCCUCGUUCUCAGUUUAGCGACCUUCGUUAUUGUUCCUCAUCGAAUCGGCUCCCCGAUUCCGGGACUGAGUCUCCGUCAGUUUGACUACAUUGGUAGCUUACUCGGCGUAUCAGCUCUGAUUCUGUUCUCAUUUGCUUGGAGCCAGGCUUCAGUCGUCGGCUGGCAAGAGCCCUACAUUUACGCCCUCCUCAUUGUCAGCGUCUUCCUACUUGUCGGCUUUGUAUUCUCUCAAUCCCGUGUCUCUGCCCCUGUCCUACCCAAUUCCCUCUGGGCCCGCCCUGGCUUUGCGCCCGUGGUCGCCGCUAUGGCAUUUGGCUGGAUGUCCUUCGGAAUCUUCCUCUACUAUACUACUAUCUACAUUCUCACUAUCCAUAAGACCCAGCCACUUGCUGCGGUCGCUCAAAUGGUUCCCCUGGUCAUUGGUGGCAUGUUUGCUACGAUGGCCGUUGGGCUCUUCAUCGCUAAGACGCCUGCUCAGUACAUCUUUGGCGUAUCUAUGUUCUCCUUCUUCAUCGGCAACCUGCUCAUGAGUUUCGUCAACUACUCGAAUGUCUACUGGGCCUUUAUCUUCCCCGCUUGUUUGCUUGUCGUGGGUGGCCCUGACUUGUCCUUUGCCUCGUCCGGAAUCCUCAUUUCCAAUGCUGUUCUCCCCGAGGAGCAAGGUGUUGCGGGAUCCUUUAUCUCGACGGUUGUGCUGUACUCCAUCUCCAUUGGUCUCGGUAUCGCCGCCACGGUUGAGUCUCACGUAAAUGAGGGAGGACAGAACCUGAUCCGCGGAUACCGGGGUGCGUUCUGGUUGGGAAUUGGAUUCGCAGCAGUGGGCUUCUUCAUUGUGAUUUUCUUUGUUCGCGACCCCAGAUUUGAGUCUAAAGCAGAGGAUCAGUCCGGCCCCGAGGCUAUUACCGAGAGAGCGGAUCUUUGA